AUGGCCCCCGUGCCUGCCACGCUGCUGCGUGCCCUCUCCAUCCCUGACCCCGCCAAAGCCAGCCUGUCCACCGCCGGUCUGGGGUCGGGCUUCACAAACACUGGUGCAAUACGAGCCACAGUUCCCCGCUCCGAUGGCUCAGGGGAGGAGGAACGUCGCUACUUUGUCAAGACCUCUCCGAAUGGAGAGGCUGCAGAGGAGAUGUUCCGUGGGGAGUACGAAUCACUCAAUGCGAUCGCGACGUCCGUGCCCGGUUUCUGUCCCCGAGCACUCGCCUGGGGCCCGCUGGAGGAAAGCGCUGGGACAAGCUUCUUCCUAGCGACUGAGUUUUUGGAAUUAGGAGGAGGUGGCCGUCGAGGUCGAGGAGAUACAUUAGCCCAGCGAUUAGGCAAAUUACAUUCGACGCCAGCGCCCCCCGACCCUGCAACGGGACGACGUCGAUUCGGAUUCCCUGUUCCGACCUUCUGCGGGGACACCAAGCAGCCCAACCGCUUCUGCGACUCGUGGGCGGACUUCUAUGCCAAUGAACGGCUGCUCACCAUCCUCGAGUCAUCGGAAACGCGGAAUGGUCGUGAUGCUGGCUUGCGGGAUCUGGUGGAGCGGACGGCGCGGACAGUGGUCCCUGCGUUGCUGCGGGACGGACACUUAGGCUACGAGAGGGACGGGAAUGGACAGGGCAUUAUACCUGUCGUUGUCCAUGGGGAUUUGUGGAGUGGGAAUGCAGAUCGCGGUCAUAUUGUAGGUAGCGGUCGCAAGGAUGACGAGGAGGUCGGCGAUGUGGUCUACGAUCCGUCGGCAUGCUACGCACACAGCGAGUAUGAAUUGGGGAUAAUGAGAAUGUUUGGCGGCUUUGGAUCGGCUUUCUUCACAGCUUAUCACAAGAUAGUACCGAAAACCGAGCCAGUGGAGGAAUAUGAGGACCGCGUGCGAUUGUACGAGCUAUACCAUCAUCUGAACCACCAUGCGAUCUUUGGAGCCGGAUACCGAUCGGGCGCUGUAUCUAUUAUGCAGAAGUUGCUGAGGAAAUAUGGAGAUUAA